AUGGGUGUUUGCUCAUUUAACCUUCAAUUCCAAUAUAUUCUUGCUGGAUGGGAGGGUUCUGCUGCUGAUUCCCAUGUUUUGCAAUCAUCACUCUCCUGUGAUGAUCCUCUUGUAGUUCCCAAUGGAAAAUACUACACUGUAGAUCUCGGGUAUCCUAGUAUCCAAGGAUUUAUCGCCCCUUAUCAUAGGACUCGUUACCAUUUGAAUGACUAUGGUCAUGAUAGAGAAAGACCACAGAACUACAAGGAGUUAUUUAAUAAACGACAUUACUCGCUCAGAAAUGCCAUUGAAUGUGCUUUUGGAGUUUUGAAAGACACAAUACAACUAGAGAAGGAUAUUGAUGAUGAUGUUGAGGAUGUUCGAGAGACAAUUGUGAGCUUAGAUAAUGAUGAUGAUGUUGAGGAACUAGGUGAUCAUGAGGACUUCCCAAAGACACCAGUCCAAUCAAGGACAAAUGGAAUGACCACCAAUCCAUUAGAAAAAUCAACAUCGGCUAUGCCAUCAAGGAAGAAAAAGAAAACCAAGGUUGAUACUGUGGAGUUAAUAGGUAUAACCGUGAAAGAAAUUGGUGUUGCAAUUUGUAGAGUUGAGGAAACCAGCCGCAAAUCCACAUAA